UCAGAGAAUUCACACAGAGAAAUUGUAUCAGAUUGUUGGAAAAGUUUCAGUUUGAAUUCUAACCUGUUGAAACACCAGAGGACUCACAUAGGAGAGAAAUUGUGUCAGUGUCAGGAUUGUUGGAAAAGUUUCAGUCAGAAAUCCAAUCUAGUGAAACACCAGAGGACUUACAUGCGGGAGAAACUUUUCAAAUAUCCAAUCUGUGGACAUUACUUCACUCAUAAAUCAUCCCUUAUUGCAUAUGAGGAAACUGACAUGAAGCAAAAGUUGAAGAGUUCCGAAAAGGCAUAAUUUAAUUUGUGAUCUCCCAUUGAAAAUGUAGGUG